AUAGUGGUCAGUGGGUCAGCGACGUGGGCGCAGUGGUCUCAGUCACCCGUCAUCAUCUUAGUGUCUGAACUCAAACUUUUACACAGUCGAGCAAAAUGAGGGAGAUUGUGCACAUUCAGGCUGGCCAGUGCGGCAAUCAAAUUGGAGCAAAGUUCUGGGAGGUGAUCAGCGACGAGCAUGGCAUCGACCCCACUGGCACUUACCACGGCGACAGCGACCUUCAGCUGGACCGGAUCAGCGUGUACUAUAACGAAGCCACAGGUGGAAAGUAUGUGCCCAGAGCCAUUCUGGUCGACCUGGAGCCCGGCACCAUGGACUCCGUCAGGUCUGGACCCUUCGGACAGAUCUUCAGACCCGACAACUUUGUGUUUGGUCAAAGCGGCGCCGGUAAUAACUGGGCCAAGGGCCACUACACGGAGGGGGCUGAGCUGGUGGACUCCGUGCUGGACGUGGUGAGGAAGGAGGCCGAGAGCUGCGACUGCCUGCAGGGCUUCCAGCUCACACACUCCCUGGGCGGUGGCACGGGCUCGGGCAUGGGCACGCUGCUCAUCAGCAAGAUCCGUGAGGAGUACCCCGAUCGCAUCAUGAACACCUUCAGCGUGGUGCCCUCGCCCAAGGUGUCGGACACAGUGGUGGAGCCCUACAACGCCACGCUGUCUGUCCAUCAGCUGGUGGAGAACACGGACGAGACCUACUGCAUCGACAACGAGGCCCUGUACGACAUCUGCUUCCGCACGCUCAAGCUGACAACGCCCACGUACGGCGACCUGAACCACUUGGUCUCGGCCACCAUGAGCGGAGUGACCACCUGCCUCCGCUUCCCCGGCCAGCUCAACGCCGACCUCCGCAAACUCGCGGUCAACAUGGUGCCCUUCCCCCGCCUGCACUUCUUCAUGCCGGGCUUCGCCCCGCUCACCAGCAGGGGGAGCCAGCAGUACCGCGCCCUCACCGUGCCCGAGCUGACCCAGCAGGUGUUCGAUGCCAAGAACAUGAUGGCCGCCUGCGACCCGCGCCACGGCCGCUAUCUCACCGUGGCUGCCGUCUUCCGCGGGCGCAUGUCCAUGAAGGAGGUGGACGAACAGAUGCUCAACGUGCAGAACAAGAACAGCAGCUACUUCGUCGAGUGGAUCCCUAACAAUGUGAAGACGGCCGUGUGUGACAUUCCGCCCCGAGGUCUCAAGAUGGCCGUCACCUUCAUCGGCAAUAGCACAGCCAUCCAGGAGCUCUUCAAGCGUAUCUCCGAGCAGUUUACCGCCAUGUUCCGCCGCAAGGCCUUCCUGCACUGGUACACAGGUGAAGGCAUGGACGAGAUGGAGUUCACCGAGGCCGAGAGCAACAUGAACGACCUGGUGUCCGAGUACCAGCAGUACCAGGAUGCUACGGCUGAAGAGGAGGGCGAGUUUGAGGAGGAUGUGGAGGAGGAUGCCUAGAGGUCCUACAAAAUAAUGUGUGAAAUGGGGUGGGAAUGGCGAAAGGAAGAAACAUGGGGGGGGGGGGGGGGAUACCAAAAUUGGUUUAAAUUAUUUGGGAAAUUUUUGUUUACUGGAAUGUUGGAGAACGAAAUGAAAUGAGCCAAAAUGUAAACUUUAGUCAUGGACGAGAUCAACGAAUGACAUUAGAAUGUGAUCAAGAAAGUUUGAAUGAAUGUAAGAUGGCAAUAGGUAAAGAACACCAAAAAGUGUUAUUUAAUGACCAAACAAACAAGACCAGAAUAAGAAAUAUUAUCUCUUAUCACCUUAUGUAACUAAUGCCUGUAUUUGAUUGAACAAAAGCAAAGGAAGGAUGGUAAGGAGAGAUUAGGAAGGAAGGAAUAGAAGAGAAGAAAGAAAUUCCAUUAACCUCCAUUUUGUUGUUCCUGUGAUUCUCAUGCUUUUUUUUACUUUUCUAUGUUUAUACUAUUUCUACCUUUCAUUAUUUCUAAAUGCAUUGUCAGAUUAAGUAUGAAGUUCAACGUUGAUCGUUCAGUUAGUCCACCACAUCAUCUCAUCAGUUGAAGAGUUCAGAUGCAAAACCCUCUAAAUCCGUCUGACCACUUUUCUUUUAAAUGAGCAUUUAAAAACAGGCUCCUAUAGGUUUUUGCCUAUAAAUCGAUAUUUCAGACCAGGAAGAGAGUGGUAUUUAGUGGGUUUUGAAGUUAAAUUAAGUGUGGAGAGCAUCCACUCACCAUCUUUAUCUAUUUUUUUUACGUAGGUGGCAUUUAGAGGCUUUUGCACCUGAACCCUUGGGGGGAAUAGAGAAUUCUGCCAUUGGUAUUAUAUGGCACAAACAAUACAAAGCCAUCAGAACAUGGACCAAAGACUUGAUAAUGGGACUUGAACCAAAGUCACACGUUCAAAGGCUAUGGAGAUUUCGCUGAGUCAUAACAAGGUUGUCAGAUGUGCUCUGGGCUUGUGCAAAGUGCCCCGCCGAACUCGGACGCCAGCCAACGUCUUGGGGGAAGAGGAACCAUAGUGCACCUUGGCACAUUGAAAUUGACAACCAUAAAAACACUCCUGCAGAGUCUCUGUACAGUCUGCAAUAACAUCCUGUCCAAUGACAAUAAAUAAGUAGUCCCUGGCUAUAAAUGGUUCAACCAAAAAAAGAAAAACGAUUAAGGACUUAUAUGCUGAGCUGCAAAGUUUUAAUGUGGUGAACAUGUACUCAUAGUUAUACAAAGUCACCAAAGGCCACGUUGUGUUACACUUUGCUCUUGAUAGUGCUGAAACUCCGAACCUGUGUUCUGUUUUUCUGAUUUUCAAAAAAAAAAAGAAAUCUGUUUACAUCUUUUGAAAACCCCUGUUAAAUGCAACACAAAAAUAAAAGCCCUUUUUUAAUAAAAUAAACUAUCUCUGCAGUGUU